AUGUACUCAAUUCAAUACUCACUCCGAGCGCUCUGCAUGACUGGAGAUAAUGGACAACAUGCACUACCAGCUGACGACGCCCGUGACGGGCUUUGUUUCUCCCCACUCCCCACACGCACCCUAAUUUCCUCUUUUGCUGCUGCUGCGAUGCCGUGGUGGUGGUGGCGGCGGGAGGAGGAGGAGGGAGGGGGCGUGCCACUGCUGCCGCGAAUGAUGCGUGGAAAUGGAAUUACCAUCGGAAGGCGCCUGGCGCAAGUUGACGACGCGAUGCCGUGUGCAUACUACCUCAACUGUUACUCGUACUACUGA